AUGGUUCCUGUGUUCACUCAGGGUUGUUUUGACAGUUCUCAUCCCUGCUUGGAGCUUUUAGCGCAGUACUUUUCCAUUCCCUUCAUUGAUGCCGCAGGCCCCACUGACAAUGCCAUUGACGCUUCCCGAGCAUAUUUCAACCUGGGAGCUUUCUCCUUUGACAACGGCACCAGGUCGGGGAUAUUUCAGCGCACUGAACAAUUUUCCGAUGUACUUCGUUUCUUGAACGCUUUCAUGCAGCUUCAGUUCCCGGGUGCCUCUUGGAGCUCCUUGUGCGUGAGUCACAACGUUCGUACUCGCUUACACACGGAUGCUGGCAACGCUUCAGGAACACUCAAUCACACAGUUUCACUCGGCAAUUUCAGCGGAGGGGAGAUCUGGAUUAGCCCAGCUUUGGACCCGUCUGCUGCCAACAUCCCGGCCCCAUUGGAGGCCUCAUCCGAGGCCCACAGAGCGGAAGAUGCAAGCAAAGGUGAAUUGCGCGACACCUGGCAUUCACCGCUUUCCUUUAGCUGUGAAUCCCUCCAUUGUACGAUGCCAAUCCAAGGAGACAGGUGGGUAUUGACUGCCUACACUUGCAGGAACCUGCACAGCUUCGACAUGAAGUCGCUUGCACAUUUAAGGUCACUGGGGUUCCCAUUGCCUCCAGUACCUACAACACUUCCUCAGGCUGUACCCUCUGCACCGAAGGACAACACGCACGUCGAGAUCUUCUUAGAUAUCUGCUGUGGUGCCUCUCACCCACUUACCACGGCGAUCUCAUCAUGUGGCAUCAUAUGUUUGCCCAUUGAUCUGCUUGGUGAGGAGCAGCUGGACCUCUUGCACGACGACACGUACGAUCACCUCCUUCGGUUAUGCUUCUCAGGCAUUGUACGUUUUGCUCAUGGAUCUCCGCCAUGCAAAGAGUACUCCCGCUUGAAGCUACGACCCGGGGGACCUGCUGCUAUCCGAUCCCCGGAACAUCUCAACGGGUUGCCGGGCAAUACAGCUUCACAGCAGGAACGCGUGGUAAGCAGCCAGAAGCUUCUGUAUCGCUGUGUAUGCCUGCUUCGGGCCGCUUUCAACUCAGGUGCACAUGUAUCUCUGGAACAACCCACGAACGCGAUGUCUUGGCUUGAACCAUUCGUACAGGACAUGCUUGCUGAGAUACAGGCUUCACUGGUCAACAUCCCGGCAUGCUCAGUUGGCCAGGACAUAGCCAAAUCUUGGCUUUUUGCAUGCAGCUUCGAUGAUAUGCAAGCCUUGGCAGGUACAUGCUCUCAUUCAGAAGGUCAUCCUUCUGUGGCCGGCGUCAGGGACGAGCUUGGCAACUUUUUGUCACAGCGCACCGCAGAGUACCCCGCCCAGCUAGCAAACCGCUUCGCUCAGCAGGCUGCUAAACUUUUCUCAUCACGCCGGCCCUCCCACAGUGUUCCAACUUGUUCUUUGGCUUUCGCACUCUCUUCGAUCCCCAAGAAGCCCCGGGCAGCGACCACUACAGCAUCACAGGAUGGCGGUGGCAUCUACUCCUUGCCGGACUGGUCAAUGGGCCCCAGAUACCAGUCUGACAGCUUGCACGCUUUGCGCAAAGAAUGGCAGUCCUGGCUCCUCUCGCACAGGAUACCACUUCGCCUUCAGCAACAUGUCGCAGCAGGCAGUAACAGCCCACUUUUCUCGGAAGAGGAAACAUCGUGGCUGCGUGGAUCCUUUAAACGCUUUUCGGACGCUCACUCCCCAGCUCAGGAUUGGGAUUUUUCUGUUAAGGAAGGUCAACCAUACUGCCUGUCGGCACUUGAGCGUUUGAGCACCCUCUUGGGGGACAAAGACACAACUUUAUUUCCCGCUUUGCAGAAGGGGGUCCCCACGGGCUUUGAUGGGGAUAUCCCUCGCAGCCACACCCUACGUCCCCGCAGUGCAGAGGAAACGGAAAGUAUCCACACAUACUUGGACGACAAGCUGCGCUUCACUGGGACACCGCCGGGCACCAGCAUUUCUGAGGGGUCCACUUUGCUUUCAGCCCGGCACAAAACUCUACACAGCAAGAAUGAUCUCGCUUUGGUCCCGGUAAGCACAAAACGCAUGUGGCUUCGUGUUACAGACCCCACUUCUUCGAAGCGACGCCUUUCGGAGGCCAGCAGAGAAACACUUUCCUUCUUUGCCCACUUGAGCUCCAGGGAAUGGCGUCCUCGACCACUCCGACCACCACCUACCAGUUCGGUGGAGUCAGCAGCCGAUGCAUUCGGCAAGGGCAACGACUGUGGCGUUGGAGGUUGGCUACAGCUCCCAGGCGGCAGACUGCUUUGGUUUGCCCAUCGCUACACCGUGCAGGACUUUCUGGAGCUUGGUCUGCCCAUGCAACCCGAUGCCAACCUGGACAUCUCCAGCUACGAGACGCUUGCACAAUGUUAUGUGCUUCUCGCUUUCUGGAAGGCCCAUGGAUCUGGUCGCUUGGCUUUGACAUUACCAGCUUUGAGCGAUAAUAGUGGUGCUGAGUCGGUGUGUAACAAGCUUUACACCUCUAAAGUACCACUUAAUCUUUUUGUCCGCAAGCUCUCCAUGUGGAGCUCUAUUACCGGUGUCACUUUGGACUGCAGCCACAUCGCUGGCGAGAAGAACCACGAUGCAGACCUGCUUUCGCGGUGGGACGGUUGCACGGAACUUCCUGACAAGUUCUUGCCAUCAAACCGCAUCGAGCUCUACCUUUCUGAGUUCUGGCAGAUCCGCUUUCAGGUGAAACUCUUUCCAGCUGACACAUUUUUGAAGUGGCAGCUUCCAUCAGCCACCAGUUUGGGCCCGACAAACCGAGGCUCCAACAAGCGGAAGUAG